AUGGCGUCGCUCAUCCCCACCCUGGCUGAGCAGGACCCGGAGCUGGCGAACAUGAUCGAGCUUGAGAUGAGCCGUCAGUUCCGCGGCUUGGAGAUGAUUGCCUCGGAGAACCUGACGUCCAAGGCGGUGCUGGAGUGCCUCGGUUCUACCCUGACGAACAAGUACGCUGAGGGUGAGCCUGGCAACCGCUACUACGGUGGCACUGCAUUCGUCGACAUGGUCGAAAACCUCGCCAAGAAGCGUGCCCUGUCCGCCUUCAGCCUCGACCCGGAAGAGUGGGGGGUCAAUGUGCAGCCCUACAGUGGGUCACCGGCAAACUUCGCCGUCUACACGGGUCUGCUGGAGCCGCACAGCCGCAUCAUGGGCCUUGACCUGCCCAGCGGCGGCCACCUCACCCAUGGCUUCUACACGCCGAAGAAGAAGGUGAGCGCGACGUCUAUCUACUUCGAGUCCUUUCCAUACCAUGUCAAGGAGGACGGCCUGAUCGGCUACGACGCUCUCGAGUCCGUCGCGCUGGUGUUUCGACCUAAGAUGAUCAUCGCAGGUGCCUCGGCGUACGCGCGUGACUUCGACUACGAGCGAUUCCGUCACAUCUGCGACGAGGUGGGCAGUCUUCUGUUCAUGGACAUGGCCCACACGGCCGGUCUAAUCGCCGGUGGCGUGCUAAAGUCACCGUUCCCGUAUGCAGAUGUGGUGACGACGACGACUCACAAGUCCCUGCGCGGGCCGCGUGCUGGCAUGAUCUUCUAUCGCAAAAAGGAUCGCCAGGGCAACCCCACGGACCACGAGAGUCGCAUCAAUCAGGCAGUCUUCCCUGGCUGCCAGGGCGGCCCGCACGAGCACCAAAUCGCCGCUAUCGCCACACAGAUGCGGGAGGUGUGCAGCCAGGAGUGGAAGGCAUACGCCGUGCAAGUGCAGAGCAACGCCCGCGCAUUGGCAGCCGCGCUAAGCUCCAAGGGCCACGUGUUCGUUUCUGGUGGCACAGACAACCACCUGCUGCUGUGGAAUGUGCGGGUGCACGGGCUGACCGGUAGCAAGAUGGAGAAGCUACUCGACGCCGUCUCCAUCUCGGUCAACAAGAACACUAUCCCUGGCGACAAGAGUGCCAUGACGCCUGGCGGCAUUCGCAUUGGCACUCUGGCGCUGACUUCUCGCGGCAUGGUGGAAGCAGACAUGAUCACCGUCGCCGAGUUCCUCGACCGCGCCAUCGUGCUGGCCAAGCAAAUCCAGGCAGGGAUGAACACGGUGAAGCUGAGCGACUUUGUCGAGGCGCUGCAGACGCACGCCGGCGUGGCCGCCCUCCGCACGGAUGUGGAGGCCUUCGCGACCACCUUUGCGAUGCCCUCCUUUGAUGUGGAGCGAAUCAAGUACAAGGACAGUCUGCCCGGAGAACAUUGA